CUAAACCAAAAGCCAUCACCCACCACUAUAUAUAUCUCUCUUCACAUCCCCUCAUCACCACCACACUACAAACUCUUGCUGUCCAAAAUGAGCUUACUUAAAUCCCUCCUUUCCUUCCUUGUUGCUACCCUUUACUUCACCUUUGCCGAUGCGGCCACAUUUGACAUAACCAACAAAUGCCCUUACACAGUCUGGGGAGCUGCCUCUCCCGGCGGUGGCAAGGAACUCAAAACCGGUGAGACAUGGACCAUUAGUGCUAAUCCUGGAACUACCGAAGCACGCAUUUGGGCUCGUACCAACUGUCAAUUUGAUGCUUCUGGGAAAGGCAAGUGCGAGACUGGUGAUUGCAAUGGGCUUCUUGUUUGUCAAGGCUACGGUGCAGCCCCUAACACCUUAGCCGAAUACGCACUAGACCAGUUUGAACACCAAGAUUUUAUCGAUAUCUCUGUGAUUGAUGGGUUUAACGUUCCUAUGGAGUUUAGUUCAGCUUCAGGAAGCUGCACCAGAGUGAUCAAAUGCACUGCUGAUAUUAUUGGGCAAUGUCCUAAUGAAUUGAAGGUCCCUGGAGGGUGCAAUGGUCCAUGCCCCGUCUUCAAGACUGAGGAGCAUUGUUGCAAUUCUGGCACAUGUAGCCCUACAAAUUUCUCCAGGUAUUUCAAGGAAAGGUGCCCAGAUGCUUAUAGUUACCCGAAGGAUGACCCUACAAGUCUGUUUACUUGCCCUACUGGCACUAACUACAAGGUUAUAUUCUGCCCUUGAAGCAAAUUGGAGUAUUAAUUAAUGGAAGUGUUUUAUAGUUAUACCAUAAUUUAGUAAUAUGGGAGCUCAAUAUGGCUAGCUUCUUGAGCACAUGUAGCAUUGUGCAAAUGUUUGUAUACUUUUGAGCAUCAAUAAAUGUUGAGCACGAGUGACUAUUAUAAUAAUAAAUUAAUUUACAAAUUAA